AUGCCAAUGGACCCCAAGCUCAACACUGCUGCACCUCGUUCGUCUUCGAAACGAUGGAUCAUUCCACUCAGUCUUCGCAUUGCCAUCAUCGUGUGCGGCGUGCUGGUUCUCGCACUCACCGGCCAACCUGCGGCGACCAAAAACGUCGUCCCUAUUCUCUUCCUAGGGCCCGCGGCCGGUCUGUCAAUCCUCUGGUCCGCGACCGACGCCGCCUGCUACUUCUUCCACGCUUCGCACCGCGGCAUAACCCCCGGCGCCCGCGUAGGCAUGGACCUCAUCAUCUCACUCGCCUAUAUUUCUCUCGAGACCGUCAACGGCAUCCUGAUAUCCGGCUGGACGGAUGACGAGUACCCCUCAAACACGGCGAAUUCAGCCCGCAUCCACGCCCUGGUCGAGGCGGCGCUGGCGUUUGGAGGAAUGGCCACGUAA